AUUUUUCAACACAUUUUGUCUGGUGCAGCCGAAGACCUGAGAAUUGUUCUCCUGGGCAAAACUGGAUCCGGUAAAAGUUCAACAGGCAACACCAUCCUGGGAAGGAAAGCUUUUAAUGAAGAAAUGUCUCCUUCCUCUGUCACUAAGAAAUGCAAAAAAGAAAUUACCCACCUGGACGACCGAACAGUGACUGUCAUUGACACUCCUGGGAUGUUUGACACAUCCAUUGCUGAGAAAGAGCUGAGAAGUGAAAUAGAGAAAUGUAUUGAACUGUCUCUCCCUGGACCACAUAUAUUCCUGCUAGUUGUCGAUCUCUCUGCACGCUUUACUAAGGAGGAAAAGAAUGCCGUCGAGUGGAUCACAGAAAACUUUGGUGAGAAAGUCUCAAAGUACACAAUUGUUGUUUUCACCAGAGGUGAUCAGCUCAACGGCACCAUCGAGAGCUACUUGUGCAAAAGUGAAGCUCUGAAGAAGCUUACCAUUGACUGUAAAGCUGGGUAUGCUGUGUUUGACAAUACAACCAGAGGAAAUUGCACUCAGGUGGCUGAUCUGCUUGAAGCCAUAGACAGGACAGUAGAGUUAAAUGGAGGUUAUUAUACCAGCGAUAUUUAUAAAGAGGUCCAGAGAAAACUAUGGUGGCGCCAGGUCGGACAAUAUGCGGAAUCUGCUGGAGUUCGUUUAAUGUGGGCAGCAGCAGGUGCAGCAGCUGCACCUGCUGCAGGUGCUGCUUUGCUGGGAGAGGAAGUCGCAGCUUUAUCUAUGCCACAAAUGUUGGCACUUGGGGGUGCAGCAGUUAUGCGAGGUAUUGGAUGGUUGACCCGUCCUAAACCAAACAGUAGCCAGAGUAAUUCAGAAAAUUGACUUUUAUGUAGUGCAAUCUUCUCUUUCAUAAUAUCUUACCUGUGUUUCAUACUUUCUUAGCAUCUUUUAAAGUUAAUGUUGAUCAUUUUGAUUGUGUAUAGAUUGUGUGGUGAAAGCAUUACAACAUAUUUUGUUUUAACUGAAAAACAUUUAAUAAAACUAUAUUAAAGAAUGA